AUGCAAGAGCCCAACCAGACUUUUGUGACAGAAUUCAUCCUUUUGGGCUUCUCUCUGAGUCCCACGACCACACCUCUGCUCUUCUCGGUCUUUCUGAUGCUCUACUUGCUGAUUCUUCUGGGCAAUGGCUUGAUCACCAUCCUCAUCUGUCUGGACUCACGUCUUCACACUCCCAUGUACUUCUUCAUUGGCACCCUUUCCAUAUUAGACCUGGGCUACACCACCACAACUGUGCCCCAGAUGUUGGCACAUCUGGCCAGCCAAAAGAAGAGCAUCCCUUUUUCUAGCUGUGUGGCCCAAAUGUACAUUUUCUUGGUGCUAGGUGUCACAGAGUCUUGGCUGUUUGCCAUUAUGUCGAUAGACAAGUAUGUGGCCAUCUGCCACCCACUCAGGUACAAGGUCAUCAUGAGCCCAUGCCUGUGUGGGGCAAUGGUAAUUUUCUGUGGACUCUGGGGAGUCACCUCCGCUCUUAUCUACACCAUCUUUGCCAUGCGUCUCCCCUACUGUGGCCCCAACAAAAUCAAUCACUUCUUCUGCGAAGUCCCUGCUGUCUUAAAGCUGGCUUGUGCUGACACCUCAGUCAAUGACCAUGUAGACUUCAUCCUUGGUUUUAGUGUCAUACUAAUCCCACUGUCCCUUAUCCUUGUCAUUUAUGUCAACAUCUUCAUGGCCAUCUUGAAGAUCCGUUCACCACAGGGACAAAUGAAAGCCUUCUCCACCUGUGCCUCCCACGUUACCGUGGUCACUAUGUUCUGUGUGCCAGCCAUGGUCAUGUACAUGAAGCCAGGUUCUAAGGCCUCCCCAGAAGAGGACAAGAAGCUGGCUUUGCUCUACAAUGUCAUCUCUGCUUUCCUUAACCCCAUCAUCUACAGCCUCCGGAACAAGGAUGUGAAGAGGGCUUUCUUCAAGGUGACAAGAUUGGGAAGGGCUCCAGAAUAA